UAGCCUGUCAUCUACUGAAAAAAUUCCUCUGCGGCUUCGUAGUUCAACAUUCCUGUUUUACGGAGGCGCCUCAUGCGGACCACAUGUGUUUGUAUGGGUUCUUUGGACGCGAUAUAACAAUGUGAUAUAAUGCAUAUAAAAUAAAUGUAGUGUAUUGUUGAAAAAUAGCCAAGAGUGUAUGAUAGUUGUACAUUAAGAAUACUUGAGUAUAUGUACGUGUAAAAACUGUCAUCUUUUAUUUUAAUUAUUCUACAUAAUUGUAAAUAUUGGACAUGCCACUUCAACGAUGCUAUUCACUCGUGUCAAUAUCACGACCAGUCGCAAAUUUAAUCACCCGGUUCGUUUCGAAAAGUAACGGGUUCAACCAGUGUUUGCCGAAGGAACAUGAUAAAAGUGGCACCAAUGUUACAAUUUUCGACUCGAAUAUUUCAUCGGAAUGUACAAAAGCCGAUAAUGAGAAUUAUACGUGGAAAUCUAGGCAUAACCUAAACGAAAACGUAAACACAACUGCGCCUCGUCAUAUUCAACCAACUAUUACUAAUUUGCCUAGUGAAGAUUUUCUCGACGAUCAGGAUGUAACGUUACCGAAUCCUCUGGACACGUGCACCGAAGAUAUAUCGGAUAUUGGUCCAUAUCUUACUCCGACUUUUACCUUUGCAAAGUACGCCAACAAAUCUCGUACGAUCCAAGAGCUGGUAAAACUCGGGGUCAGUCUAUACAAAAUUGAAUCAAAGAAGGGAAUGUUGAAUUAUAUCCUUACUCUUGACUUUGAUCGCGAUAUAAAACCAUACAUAACAUUUCUGCACGAUUGUGGCGUACCUGCUGAUUAUUUGGGCGAUUUUCUUACAAAGAAUCCCAACAUCUUGAAGGAAGACAUGGACGAUCUUCACACAAGAAUAAGAUAUUUGAGAGCUCAUGAAUUUAACAUUGAUUCGAUAAAGACUAUAAUCUGCAAAAAUCCCAAGUGGUUGUUGUACAGCACAAAGGAUAUAGACGGCAGGCUUGGCUAUUUUCAAAGUAAUUUCAAACUUAGCGGUAACGAAGUAAGAAUCUUGACAGUCAAGGCCUCAAAUGUAAUCACAUAUAAGAUGUCACACUUAAUGGAAAAUACAAUGACUAUUAAAGAAGAUAUGGAUUUCAAUGAAAAACAAAGAAAACAAUUGCUUCUUACUCUACCUAGGAUAUGGGUGAAAAAUCGUGAAAAAUUAUUUGCUGUAUUUCAAUAUGCUCACGAUGAAAUGCAAUUGCAACAUAAUCUUCUUGUAAAAAUGCCACACAUUUUACUCUGUAGAAAAACUAGACUUCAACAAAGACACUCAUUUUUGGUGGAAAUGAAAAAAGCACAAUACGAUCCUUCUAAACCAAUGUAUGUUUCACCAAAAACCUUAAUCAGUGGUACAGAUGCAGAGUUUUGUAUAAAUAUCGCAAAAACAUCUGUCGAUGUUUACAAUGCAUUUUUAAAAACAUUUUAAUUCUAGUAAUGUUGUGAUAUAAAUAAAUGUUGAUUUAUA